GGAGAGAGAGAGAGAGGCUCCAGCAACGGGACGAGCGGACAGGUCGCCGAUGGCUCCCCGGAGCGGCCGCUUCCUCGGCCUCCUGCUGCUCGCACAUCACCUUAUUCUGCUCACUGCCUGCAAUGAAGCCUAUUACUCCUACAUUAUCCAAGACAUUUGCUUGGAGACCUUCAGAUUUCAGAUGACUGAUAUCGGACAGAAGCUCUGGUGUGACUGGGAAGCCACAUUAAGUUACUAUUGGGAUCUCACCAACUGCACAUUCCUGAUUGCCAACAAGAUGGACUGUUUUUGGCCGAACCAAGUGGUGGAUCAAUUCUUUGUCACCGUCCACAAGGAAUACUUUGCAAACUGUUCAGUGUCUGGGAGAGGUCUGGGGGAUCCCCCAAACAACAUCAUAGGGCCUUUCAUUAUGAUCCCAGUGAUGGUCACGUUGCUUAUGACAGCACUUGUGGUCUGGAGAAGCAAACAAAAUGAGGGCAUUGUCUAAAGGCUUUACAACCUCUUCUUGCUGUAGAGGACACAAGUUUUAACCUUGAUCUAGCCAAUUUUACAUAGGAGAACAUCAACAACAGGUUGGGCUUUCAGAAGCUAAAGGUGAAUCCAAACUCUCUGUUGAAUGAUCCUCUGGUACCUAAACAGCAAGUGGAAAACACAAGACAUUCUAGGUACUACUGCUCCUAAUCAGGGAUAUAGGUCAAGUUUAACAAAUUGUUUAAAAAAUUCUGUAUUAUCUUUCAAACUUUAAUACUUGGUCAAAGUUUAAAUCACCUGGAACCAGCCCUUAAACAUUUGUGAUGUUAGUGAUGAGUUUGACAAAUUUUAGACUGCGUGAGAUCAAUACAUGCUCAGCACUGAACUCUCAAAGGGGCUAUACCAGAUUCACAGUGUGCUGAAAUCAUGUUUUCUUUUCUAGGUAAUGCAUUUCUGCAACUUAUUGAUGUAUUCAUGCAAACAUUGGUAUCGAUGGUGCAAGACAUGAACCUUUGUUCCUGAUGAAUGAAUGAAUUGACCGAGCAUUGUGUUAUUUUAGGCUGCAGAAACAAAUAUAGUCAACCCAUUAAUGCCCAUAAAACAAGAAGAAUGAGGUGAAAAUACGUUGCUAGAAAAAUUGUAGCUGAAGAGCCAGCAAAAUGUAAUUUUUAUUUUAAUCCAGGAUACCAAUUUUGGUGUGAUUUUUCAUUAUUUUGAAAACCUAACCUGUUGAGCAGUCUCACUGCUUUCUGAACACAAAACGUUGUAUUGGAACUCAAAUCUUGGAUUUGAGUAAGAAGUUAGUAGGUGAGGUUCUAAGUUGGCACUUGGGCUGACAAGUUUUGAUCGGAAACACAUUCAAAACAUUUCAAAGGAAAAUGAACAAAAGGUUAAAGAAGAAAAUUUUACAGGUCUAUGGUGAAAAGAACAGGUGUCUAAUUGAACAGUUAUUGUACAUCUUCUCUAGAACUGGUUCCAUUUUGAUCUAUGCUAAACUUGGCCUUCAACCAGGGUGAUAAUGGAGAGAGACUAUAAUUGCUGCCAAUGUUUUUACACAGGAAUGGAACAUUAUUAGCACUUCCCGCUGCUGUUGUUUAACUAUAUGUCCCUGCUAGAAAGCACAAAUUUGAAUGUUCAUGGAGGCUAGAAUUGGAAAAGGCCUUGUUUGUUGUCAAAUAGCCUUCAGGCUUCAGUGUGUGGAUCAGCCCAUAAAGAAUGCAACUACCUUCCAAAAAGAUUAAAGAUUCUUAAGAGGGAAUAGGAAGAGAACUUUAAAAGGAAUGCUUUUGUGAAAGUUGGUUCAUAGAAAAAUGUUCACCAAUAACACCUAUUAGGUAAAUGUAAAGUUACCAUAGUCCCAGAGGGCUACUGGGCUGCUGUCUGAUUAGAAAGAGCCAUUUGGUGAUGGUUUAACCUGUAGGUCACCACAUCUCAGAGAAAGGGGGAGGAAGGAAAAUUCCUAUUGUAACAUUUACUAAAGAUAUAUUAAACCAACAGAAAGCACCAGAGCCUCAAAUUCUCAGCAGCAAAUUAAAAACAUAAAACAUUAGAAUGUUGGAUAGCCAGGCAAUAACAGACAGAAAUAACGUUUCACAAGAAGAGGGAAAGGUGAGGGAUAUAAAACAGAAUUUCAGCAAAACCAGGGCAAAUGAUGGGGGAGGGGGAAGGGGAAAGUGGAAGAGAAGGCGAGGGAGACAAAGAACAAAAAAGGUCUGUGAUCAGGUAAAAAGCAGGAGAGAUUAAUUAACAAAUGAGGGUGAUAGCACAUAGAACAUUACAGCGCAGUACCUCAAUGUUGGACCUCUAUGUUGUGCCAACCUGUGGAACCAAUCUGAAACCCAUCUAACCUACACUGUUCCAGUUAAUCCAUAUGUUUAUCCAAUGACCUUCCAAAUACCUUUAAAGUUGGCGAGUCUACUGCUGUUGCAGGCAGUGCGUUUCAUGCCCCUACUACUGAGUAAAGAAACUACCUUUGACAUCUGUCCUUGAUGGGGCAAGACAAAAUGGAAAUGGUAAAGGGGGGGGGGGAG